AUGGCUGCGUGCCGAGGUGCAGGGGAUUCUGCAUUGCCCCGGUUUCUGAAUUUGUGUUCUUUGAUACUUCAUAUUCAACUUUAUUACCCCCUUUGGCACGUUCUCUUCUUCAAUUCUUUUUCUGUCAUCGCAUUCUUCUGUGUCCCUUCAACACCUGACCAGACAUUUUGUUUAGGCAUUUGCUGCCAUCUUUGCAAGAGGAAAAAAGGAAAGAACAUCCUCACGGUGGUGCCACAGGACACCUUGAAAUAUUGUAAGUUGAAGGUUAUCAGUGCUACAGUUAUGUUACGGCGCUCCUUCAUGCGAUGGAUUAGCUUAGCAGAGAGCAGAGAACUGUUCAUGGACACAGGUGGACGUAUACUUCAACAUCCGAGGGCCACAUUAGCCCAAACACUCCAAGUUCUGGCGGAGCACCACGAGUCCGGCGACGCAACGCUAACCCGCGCUGCACUCCAGCGGUUGCUAGACUUGGACGUGACGGAUGAUGUUACGGCAUCGAUUGCGUCAUUUAACGCGACCAAGAGCGGUAUCUACACCGAGCAAGAUGGAGUCAGUGGUGGUUCGGGUAACGGAGCACCACAUUUAGUGCUGCACUUGAUGCAAUCACACUUGGAUGAUGCGACCAUCUGUGAGGGAUGUUGUCGUUGUGUUGCCAAUAUGUGCCAACUGGCGAGCGGUGCUUCGUAUUGUUCAUCCCAAGGAGAUGAGAGCCGCGGUGAUGCCGACACGUCAGACUCACUAGUUGAACAGGGGGCUGUAGAAUUGGCGCUAGGUACGCUUACAAAAUACCGCUACCUCAGUCCACGGGGACGGGCGUGGGCUGCACUUGCUGUACUAAACCUUGUUUGCCUUUCGCGUGACGGCGCACGUCGGGCGGUUUUAGCAGGUGGUGAAUCCAUUCUCAGUACCACUUUGCUUGCCAUCAUGGAGGAAGUAUAUGGGAUGAACCGCUACGAUGCAGUGAAGAAUGGAGUGACGGAGUGCCUGCUCAGUACUGAGCAGCGAACGACACUAGAUGCGGCACUGGGGGCGGUUGCUCGGUUGCUUAUUAGUUCUGCUGGGGAUAAUGCCACGGGAGUGAGCUACCGAUACGAGGAGGCGGAUUACAUGACCGUUAAGGCAGUGGUGUACUAUUUGUUUUGGCUGUCGAGACUGAUUCUGCUUGGUACGCGGCCUGAUAAAAUUGACUUGUGUAAUGACAACAGAUACGGCGAAGAAAGGAACAGGGAGUCGCACGACAGUAGCGCCAUUUGUGAUACUUCUGCGGAGCAGAGUGGUGGUUGUUUGCACUUCCCCACAGCUUCGCGCUCCCAACGGUCUGCGGUGUUGUCCUACUUGCCACCCUUGCAAAAGGCAUGGAUGUCUCUGAAGAAUCUGACAACCUGCGGUAGCAACCUACCGAUGGUGUACGAGGUGUUGCACCAGAUUUCAAAAUCCGAUGCGAGUGCUGCAAAUGGUGGCAAGGAUUGCGUGCGAAGUAUAGUGGAGGUAGUGAGAUUGGUGGGUAUCAGCCUGACGGGUUUGGGAGCGGCGGGACUUCUGGAGGAAAAACAGCUACAGCAAGACUUGCUUGCAAAUGCUGUGACUGCCUUUGCCGCACUAACAUCCACCCGGAAAGACUUAAGUGAGCGAGAGUUGGCUAACGCAGCCGCAAUUACAGACGUGCACUGUGACAUGCGCACUGGCUCAGAUGUUGACAGGAAAGGCGAUGGGGUGUCCGCCGUUAUUCCCACAGAGGCGGCAAUGAGGGUAAUCGAAAUGCUCUCAACCGGGGCAGUAAGUGGCAUCGCUUUGUCCGCUAUACACCAAAUUCACGUUUCACACAAGCGGAAGAUGGAACGCGAGGGCACAGAUGUGCUUCUGUACGAUAGGGAGGAUUUUGAACUACUUAUCCGUUCAGUUCAGCUACUCUCAAAUCUUUCCGAGGAGGACACGGCAGUGUCUUCACCUAAUACCUUGGCGGUUCUUCACGCCUUGUUGAUCGAUAGCGCGUCAGCUCUUGCCGGCAUGGAACGCAAGCACCGCGAGGACAUUUCUUCUUUUUUCGUUUCCCAAACUUCUGUCGAGCAUAUGUUGUUGUUUCAGCAGUGCGGCAUAAUCGCUCAGGUGUACGCCGUGCUGUGGGGCGUGCUGCGAACGAAAGAGGGUGCUCGCUCUACUGUGGAACUCCGCAUGUAUGAGUGCGUGGAACGCUUACAAACCCUUCUGGAGUCUAUGGGUCGCGCCAGUGCCACUGUUGGUAAUGUUAGUGCGAGCGUUGGCGACCAGCGUGCAGACUGUGAUAAAGCAAGGGGAUGCGGGGAACCGGGCGUGUUAGGAGCAGUGAAAACAUCAAAGUCACGUGCCGCUGUUGCUGAGACGAUUGAGCGUCUCAUACCCCUCGGAAAGAAGGUUGUGCAUUCGUUAGAAUUGGUUUCUGUAGCAGAGUCAACUGGAGGAAAUAAGGGGAGGUCUGCGGCUGCUCUGCACUGA